AUGAAACAAGUAUUGGUGUUCACAGUCGCCAAAGAUGUUCUUCUCUAUGGCGUGAAAUUGACGCAAGAAACUUACGCAGUGCUGAUUGCCGCCUGUGCUUACAUUGCGCACGGCUAUCGACGUUUUGCUUCGGGUCUGCUGUGUCGUGCCUCUAUCCGAUCGAUCAAUACCUAUGUUUAUUGCAGGGUUUUAAAAUCUGGCACAUUCUCAUGCCUACUCGUGUUCACUAACCAUAUCUCAGCGUGCAGUCAAUCGGUCUACGUCUCUAUUUUGAAAUUCUGUCAUAAGUUGGUAAGCAUGAGUAAUAGUCGAUGGUCCACAACUGGUAAUGGAACGUCAUCGUCACCAGCCGGUAGCGAUUCUAGCGAUCCUGAUGUGACACUACGCAGUCGCCAUCGUCUCAGUACAGAUCACGGUUCCGAUGAUUCUGCAAUGCCACCUACUCCACCAACCACUGGUCUGUCACGAGCCAAUCGUCCUCCGUGCCUGUUGAAGGAAUUGAAAGCGGUGAGUCAUUCAGGUUUAGAGUCGAGUACUGGUUUGGUUGAAUGA